GGCGAUGUUCACCAAAAACGAAACUCAGGAGUUGCGCAGGGGCUCCGUCGGUCUCGGCUGCGAACUCGGGUUCCACCCUUCAGUUUUAAGUGGGGACGUUUCGCAUGAAAGGCGGGAAGCGAGGAGGUGGUCUAACUUGGAAGUAAUCCAGUAACGACGCGUUUUCUGGAAGGUUCGACGACACUAAAAAAGGAUUGUGAGGAACCUACAAAACAACACUGUGGUCCGGAAGCUUAUGCUAUGGAAUGAACGUGAGGACAGUUCAACAGACAGCCCUCUCAAAUAAGGAGUAACCAUCAUGGCUGAACAAGAGCAGACGCCUCUUGAAAACUGGACUGAAGACCAAGUCAGGGACUGGCUGAGAUCUAUCGGAUUAAAGGAGAAGUACGUGGAGAAAAUAUAUAAUGAGGAAGUAGAUGGAAAAGUCCUUCUUCAUCUGGAUGCAGACUUCUUGUCAACUAAGAUUUGCCAGGCACUUGGGCCUGCUUUUUUAAUUAUAACAAAGAGAGACGAGCUCAUCGACCGUCAAAGGGUGAAGCUCGAAGGAAACUCUGCCAGUGACAAGCAAGUUGAUGUGAAAAAGAAAACUAAGAAAACUAAAUCACCAAAAGCUCCACCUACAACACGCCAAGCGGAAGUGGGUCAGGAUCCUAUCCAGGGUCCGAUGAUACUAGAGAGUACUGUGGGCAAAAGUAACUUUAAAGAGGAAUGCAAACCGCGACCAUUUGAUCAGGAUGCACUUGAUUUCAUUUAUGUGAAGAAUCGAGUCCUGCUGCCAGAAUCUGGGGCUUUUGACCUGAUAGUUCCCUGCCAUGAAUACAAGUCUUUUGCUGUGGCGGCCACCCUGGACCGCACCAGACUCCAAGCAAAGUUUGCCUACGAGGUUCUUAAAUUUGCAACUGGCUGCAUGAAUAUCAGGACAAACGGAACAAUACACUUUGGCGUGAUGGACAGCAGGGAGGAUUCAGGAUAUGUGCACGGUGAGAUAAUAGGUGUUCCCAUUAGCGACAAGGAUGUAUAUGUAGAUGCCUUGAACUACAUUGAGAGGAGUUUCUCUUCGGAUAAGGAUCACAUUCGCCAAUGUGUGCGGCCACCAAGGUUCAUAGAGGUGAUGGAUCGUGAAAGCCCAGAGAAGAGGUACAUUGUGGAGGUCGACAUUGUGCCUCUAAGUAGUAUUGUCAAGAGCAAAGUGUAUUCUGUUAGUUUGCCCAAGUUCAACGAGUCCAGCAAUAAAGUACAAAUGGAGAAAAAUGUGAUCUAUCGAAGGGUGGGCUCAAAAACUGAACCCGUGACUGACACUGACAUCAAUGUCUUCUGCGAGCGGGUCAACGAUCGAGAUGCACAAAGAAAUGAGGCAGAAAAAAGUCAUCUCUACAGUGCUCCAGUCCUCUGCAAGAACCUUGGCAGGAAACUUAAGAUGCUCAUGACAGACGGAAAGAAAUUCAUUGAUAAAGCCAAAUGGUUUGUUUUUGUGACAAACAAACUUUCACCUGCUGACCUCAGCAAUAUCGACUGGUUGCUAAACCUCAACAUCUUUUGUGUAUUUGACUUUGACCCAGACUCAAAGGUCUCAGGUCUGUGCAGCAGAUUCCUUCAACAUCAUGUUGCAAACAUGCAUUCGUUGGAGAGCUACAGAAUUCCAACUGGCACCGUCAAAGAACUUGAGAGCCGUUUGAACCUCUUCGAGCAAACCAGCUGGAUUUUUCCAAAUGGUCGUUCUGACUUUGUGGGAGAUCAAACGGCAUGUGAUGAAAUGACAUGGAUCAGAACAAAACUGACUCUUCUGAAGGAACCCGUGUCCCUGAUAUCCAAACAGAUCCUUCCUAAAGGAGUAUUCCGAGUGAUUUUCCUCCUCACAUCCGCAGUUGAGAAACCACUACUGCAUACGUUCCACGAAUUCUAUGCUGUCAUGGAAGGUCAUGAAGACAUCAUCUGCAUCUGUGAAUCUGAGGAAACCUUCUCAAAGUGGCAGGCAUUUGCUGAGGGUUCCUGCGGAAAAGACGCCGUGGACACCAACAGUGUUGUUGGUCUGAAAAUGAGCCACGUUAAUGCAAUAUUGCAGCAGGUGCAGCCUGUUAGCGCAGGAGUUGCCAAACUAUUACCUGUUGUAAAUGGGACUUCAACUCUUGCUGCACAGCAAGAGGAAAGAAUGUAUUCUUUGGACAUUCUUUCGGUGAAUCAUUGCGAUGACACAAGCACUGACUUCAUCCACGAGGAAAAGGAGAACAUUGAGCAGCAGUUUUACAGAGGAGGGCGAGUGACGUGGAUGAAUUUCUGGCUUGCUGAACACGGACAUGUGGGAGAGGUGAUUGAAAGAGAUGCGUAUAAAGAUGUUUCUGAAAUUCUUAAUGACAACCUAAGAUGGCAUGAUCCGGACCCUGUGGUCUAUAUAAACAUCAACCAUCAUCCUGGAAGUGGAGGAAGCACGGUCGCAAGGCAGUUGCUGUGGAACCAAAGAAGAAAGCUGAGAUGUGCAGUUGUCAAACCUGACAAAUCAGUUGAGGUUGUUGCACAACAUGCAGUUGAGCUGAGACAGUACGAAGAAAAAGAUCCACAGAGGUGUCUGCCUGUACUGCUCCUUAUCGAAGACUCAGAUAAAGAAUAUCUGGAGGACCUCAGAAACGAGCUAGAGGUUGCCAUGCAUGUUAAAAAGAUUAAAAGUGGAACACCCUGUUUCAUUUUGCUGAGCUGCAGGAGGUCCCAUGAUCCAGAGAGAAAAAGCAAAGAGUCUCCUCUUAAAGAUGUGUCAGUCACUCACAGACUGUCAGCAGAGGAAAAGAGGAAGUUUGCUGCCAAACGAAAUAUACUUGAGCAGCAGUAUCAGCCAGAUUUCAUUCUGACCUUUGUCCUGAUGAGUGAAGGAUUCUCUCAAAAGUAUAUCCAAGAGUUUGUCAAACACCUACUUCAGGACAAUGAGCGUAAACCUGUCGUCACCAGCCUCAUGCAUUAUGUGGCACUGCUGAACACAUAUGUCCAAAACUCCUACAUCUCUCGGUCACAUUGUGAAGCCUUGUUAGCUUUGACAAUUCACAUGGAAAGAUUUCAGCAACAAACGUUUGAAAACUCACUCAGCGAUCAGGCCAAACUUGUGUUUCUACACCUAAGGGACGAUAAAACCCACAUUGAAUCCAUCAGAAUCAUCCAUCCACUUGUGGCGAAAGAAAUUCUGGAACAACUGUUGUGUGACCAAAUGACUCAAAGCAAGUUGGCCUUGAAGCUACUUGAGGAAACUGUACUUUUUGAACACAGAUUUGGAAAGCACGAAUAUCAUUCAUUUCUGAGGGCUCUUUUCAUCCGGCGGUCCAGAACAAGCAAAGGUGAUAAUCGUGACAGUCUCUUCUCUCCUCUCAUUGAGUAUGUUUGUAAACACGAGGGCGGCCCAGACCCAGCAGUUGGUUUACUCCAGGAAGCAUUUGAGCGGUUCCAUAAAGAUGCCUUUUUCGCACAGCACCUUGCUCGACUUCACAUUCAAUAUGAACAAUUUGAGGAUGCAAAACACUGGGCAGAAGUUGCUGCACAACAGCAGCCCAACAACUCCUUCAUUCUGGACACAAAAGGCCAAGUGUACAAAAAGUGGUUUCAGGCGAAAUGCAAAGCCAUGGACAACAACAAUGUCCCCAAAACCGCGGACAGUAUAGCAGAUGCAGUGGAGACUGCUUUAAAAGCCAUCGAGUGUUUUCAAGAUUGUCAGAGAGCCGAUAAAGAAGACAAGGAUAAUGUGAACAAUUCAGGGUAUUUUGCUGAGGUUGAGGUUGGAUGCAGUCUACUGAAGCUGAUUCAGUCACCUGUGUUUUCAAACACACUCAAUGGUCACGCAGAAUGCAUGAAGUACCUGUUAACAGACUACAUUCCCCAGGAAAUUUCUGAAUCGUGGAAACCAUUUCAUGACAGACUGAAAAACCUCCACAAGACCAUACAAGAUUCACUGGAGUGGAUUUCAGAAGAUCUGAGCUACUUCCAAACCGAAAUUGAUGGAGAUGAGGAAGAGACAUCACGUAGUCCAGAGGAGAAGAUCAGCCACCCGCUGUCAUGGUUGACAAAAAGAUCCUCAGUGUUUGGAAAGUACUUCAGCGAAACUACUUUUAAAGCAGGACAGCCAAUCCCAAACAACUUAACCCCAUUUCAGAAGCAGAUGUUCAUAUAUCAACUUGGAGGGGGGAACAUGACAUCAAUACUCUCGAAACUAACUGACCACAGAGAUGCAGUACAUUACCUGAAGACGAUCCUUUCUCUUUACCCUAGCAAUCCACUGAAGGCAAAUCUUGGCCAAAAACACAUAAUCUGUUACAUCUUGACGCAUAUCACUCUGAACUGCUUGUCUCCCCAAACAAAGUCACCCUCCAUGAGAGACCUGCAGGCGCUGUGCAAACAAUUCCCCGCUGACAGAAAGAAAUGUUCACCAGGGGCACUCUUCUUGAUGACGUUGUUGUUUUGGCCUGAUGAUCAUGACUCGGACACAGAAAAAGAAGCCAAAUAUGAGACGGUGUUGUCAGCAGUUGAGGAACUUAAUAUUCGCUACGGCAACAAGAUGAAGGACAUCCCACAGCGCAAGAGAAGACUUUACACUCAUUUCUUCCUCGGACGAGGAAAAGGGUUGGAUAAAUUUGUCCACAAGAGGAAGUUUGAAACAUUAGUGAAGGUGUCCAAUGUCUCUGAGAAACGCUUGAAGUGGUUGAGCGGGGAGGCCUGGAGAAGUCCUCAGAUUGCUGAGAUGUUGAAGUGUGUGUCAGGCUGGACCGAAGAUGGAGACGUUUACCUUGCUGGUCCCAAAAAGAGGAAGUUCAGACUUCGAUCUAUACAUUUAGGUUCUGUGCCCCACAGCAACGAAAACAUCACAUUCUACCUGGGCUUCACUUUCAAAGGUCUUGUUGCCAGCUACAUCAACACAAAGUAGAUCGCAUAGAGGCAUUCUCAUCCAGUCAAUAACAGACAGCAACAUAUUCUCAGAGGAUGUCGAAGUUUUGUAAAAAACCUUCAGUUAGCUGAACAACAGUUCACUAGCCAAUCUCCAUUCAUCAGAAAAUGCUUUCCCCACUGCUCCCCGCUGCCAAAUCGCAUUGAUGUAAUUCUAAGUAUAUUACAAGACAGUAGUAGUUAUAGUAGUAGUAGUACCAUUGUUCUGUCAUUUUUAACCUUGUUCAUUACUGUUCAUAUUUUGUAAUUUUGUACUCUCCAAAGCAUCAUAGUCCUUUUGUCUUUUAUGAAUGUAUGCUGCAAAUUCUAUUUAACUGCGUAACAUAUUAAAUGUCAAUGUUAUUGUUAAAAAAGCAUUUACUUUCUUACAGUCUUAUACAAAUUUUUUUAGUGUCCUUUGUUCAUGAAUACAAGUGUGUGGAUAUUGAUUUCAAAUAAAUGAUUAUGGUGAGAAAAAAAUCGAAUCAUCAUUGUUGACAAUUUUGAGAUGAUUAUGGUCAAUAGUGAUGCCUAACCGGAACUGAACCUGGCUAACACUGAAGAACACCAACUGCCAAAAGUCACAACCAGAGAGAAUGAUGCCAAAAGUUGUCAGAGGAAAGUCAUCUACAAAGGUGAAGUCAUCCAGAAAACACCUCCUGCAUAUGCUCACUUAAAACUAUGAAACUAUUGUCAUGACUCUGCUUAUUUUGUCACGUGAUUCCUGUUUUUGUUUUCUCCCUCCGUUUCUUCCUGUUUGUGUGGCAAACGGCUGGAGCCAAUCAACCACUGAUCACCCAUGUAUUAGAGCACCUGGACUCCAGCACCGUUUGCCAGAUCGUCUCCUAUUGUUUCCCUGUAAUUGCGACUGUAGUUCCUGUGAUUUCUCCUCUAGUUCCUGUGAUGACGCUCUCCUUUGUUCCCUGUGGUAACUCCUGAUUCUCGUGGCUCUCCUUGUUCGUUCUCUCGUUCUGUGCGCUAGCUAGCUUUAUUUUGAUUAUUCUGUCUUAAACCCUGGUGCCUCAGUUAGUGUUUUGUUUCUUCCUGUCUACGUGUGUUUCCUUGUUUAUUUUGUGACUAUCUCUGUUCAUCGUGUUUUUGUCAAUCUGUUUCCAGAUUUGUGUUCGUUUGUUUCUCCCGGUUCGGUGACGCUUUCUGUUUGGACUCUUGCUUCUGAUAGUUUUGGUUACUCUGCUUGGACAUUCAGUUUUUGCUUUGUUUCUCCCGGUUCGGUGACGCUUUCAGUUGUGAUUUUGUUGUUUAAUUAUUAAAAUAUUGUUUUUGACUCGGUCCUGCCUCCUGUAACUUUCACCACUGCGAUUGGGCCUC